AUAGAAUAUUUGCGAAUAACCUGAUAAAUCUGAUUUCUGAAAUAAUGUGAAAAUAUGUUAUGUAGGAAUUUACUUUCCAUACUUACUAAAAGAUUUGUACACAAGUGUUAUCUCAAAAUGGAUAAAGCAUAUUUCCGAAAAGUAGAAGAUAUACAACAAUUCAGUUUCACAUUUCGAUAUGAAAAUAAGGAGUUGAAAGUGAAUAGGCAAUUUAAUUUUGUUAGGCAAAUGUCCGAACCCUUAUCCGCAUUUUUAACUAGGCUAGAAACUAAUGUUGAUAAAGCGAUUAAGAAAAAAAAUAAAAAAAAGGAGCCAACAACAACCCCGAUUGAAAUGAGUGUGGGAUUUACAGUUAACGGUAUCAAUGUUGAGAAUGGUACUCCCUGCGAAGAAGUUUUCAAAUUUGAUAAUGUUGUGCAAAUGAAAGUUCUUGAUACAGUAUUUGAUGUAGUCAUAAAUUCUCCAUGGAUCGAUGCAUUGGGUGUUCCAUCCUCAAUGUUAGCCACCUUCCCAACAUACCCAAACAAAUUUGAGUCUUUUAACACUAACAUAGAUGAAUCUGAUUUCACUUGGUAUUCGUCAAAAGAUCGUAAAUUCUGGACUGAGCAAGGUAAAGGUUAUAUGUUCAUUCCAGGCAAUGACUUAAUCGACUCUUAUGUGAAGUUAGUGUGUACACCAAAACACAAAUCAUUGGAAGGACCAACAGUUGAAGUGGAGUGUACUUCUAAAGUUCAAGCUGGUCCUGGACAUUGUCCAUUUGAAACAAGACAUCAAUUUACUCAAAAUAAAACUUCACAAAAAGGGUUUCGAGUGGUGACUUAUAACAUACUAGCAGAUUUAUACUGUGAUUCAGAUUAUACCAGAACUGUGCUCCAUCCAUAUUGUCCACCUUAUGCUUUACAUUUGGAUUAUAGGAAACAACUAAUUUUGAAGGAGUUAAUGGGAUAUAAUGCUGAUAUAAUUUGUCUUCAAGAAGUGGAUCGAAAAGUAUUCAAUCAUGAUCUCACUCCUUUCUUCUCUCGUCUUGGGUAUGAAGGUGAUUAUGCAAUAAAGGGAGGGGAGGUAGCGGAGGGUGUUGCUUCCUUCUUCAACUUGGAAAAAUUUACAAAAUUAGAGAGUAGCAGGAUUGUAUUCUCUGAGCAUAUAGACAAAGAUCAAAUUUUUUUUCACAUUUGGGAAAAGAUAUCAGAAAACAAACCUCUUGUAACAAGGAUAAAGGAUUUGAAGAGUACACUUCAAGUUGUAUUGCUUGAAUCAAGACAUAAGGAAAAUGAACUUAUUCUUGUUGCCAAUACCCAUCUUUACUUUCAUCCUGAUGCAGAUCAUAUAAGAUUGAUCCAAGGCGGUUUAGCCAUAUCUUACAUACAAAGUUGUUUGGAUAAUUUUAAAACGAAGUAUACAAACAAGAGGAUAUCUGUUCUAUUUUGUGGAGAUUUCAAUAGUGUUCCAGAAUGUGGAAUUUAUAAACUAUUCACCACUGGAUCUGUGCCUGAAGAUUUUAUUGAUUACAGUAGUAAUAAGGACGAGGAGGUCAAGAACUUGAAGCUUGAACAAAACAUACCAUUGGACAGUGCCUGUGGAACUCCCCAGUUCACAAAUUUCACAAGCGGUUUUGCAGAUUGUUUGGAUUAUAUCUUCUACCAGAAAACUAAUUUAAAAAUUACUCAGGUUGUUCCAUUGCCAAGUAAUGAGGAAUUAACACAAUACACUGCUCUACCUAGCAUUGUUGCACCAUCUGAUCAUGUAGCUUUAAUAUCUGAUUUGGAAUGGAUAUGACAAUCUUUAUUUAUGCUGAAAUAUAGUUAAAGAAAAGGAUAA